GUUGUGGUUGAAAAAAAAUGAGUUUUUGCUGAUCGAAUAAGAAGAUUUUUGUUAUUUUUUGGGUCAAGAACGGGAUUGUUACUUGCUGAAGAGUUGAUUUUUGUGUAGUUUAGUGAACUUUGUGGGAGCAUAAGAUGAAGAAAAUUUCAAAUUCUUGAGAAAUUUAGUUAAAAUUAUAGAAAUUUGAAGAUUUUGUGGUAAAAUAAUGAAAAAGUAAACAAAAUGUUGUGAAAAAUAUAAAAAUAGAUUGAAAAAUUUACAAAUUUGAAUAAAAAAUUAAAAAAUUUGAAAUUAAUUUAAAAAAUCAAUAAAUUCAAUAAUUUAAUUUAAAAGAAAAAAAGUUAAAAUUGAAUUUAAAUUGCGUACUUAAACUUAAAAAUGAAACAUUUUUAAGGAAAAUUAGUAAAAAAUUAAAACAAAACAAGUUACUUAAAAUAGUAAAUUGUAACAACAAUGAGUUAAAUUUGAAGAAUCAAUAACGAAGUCAACCACCAAAGAUGUUCAAACUAUUCAACAGAAACUUAUUUAAGCAAUGCCGAGUUGUGCACCAAAGAUAUGGAGCUACUCAAAAGCUCUCAACACGAACCUUCCACUAUGACCAAAGCAAGUAUCACUAUUUGAUAACUUCCGUUGGUCAAAAUAAAGCAAAUACGACUGAACAGCUGCAGUUCCUUGAAGUUCUCGUUCGAACAAUUGAGACUGAAAGGCAAAUGAUGUAUCCACAGACUCAGCAGUUAGCCACAAAUUUACUAGUUGAGCUGCAAAAUGAGACGAGAGAAGUUCCAUGUGAGGUGCUUCAGGAGAAUUGCAGGCUUGGAUUAGCACUGCUAGGCUACUCAGCACCAAUUCGUACCGAAUAUCUUCGAAUCCUCACAAUUGAUGGAGGUGGCAUACGAGGCAUUCUAGUCAUUGAAAUGUUAAAGAAACUCGAGGAAUUGACAGGAAAAAGAAUUUUUGAUCUUUUUGACUUCAUUUGCGGUGUCUCGACAGGAUCAAUUGUUGUUUGUGGCCUCACAGCUGAUCCACUCAGGACUUUAUCGGAAGGUCAAGAACUGUACAAAGAAGUCAGUCGAAAAGUAUUUCAUUUACCGGGUACGCUGGAUGUUUUGUCAGGAACGUCAAGGCUAAUGUGGACACAUGCUUAUUAUGAUGUCGAUUUAUGGGAGAAGCUGCUGAAGCAGACUAUGACUGACAUGAGAAUCAUUGAUACAUCGAGAUUCGCUAAUGUUAAAAAGUUCUGCUGCGUCUCAACGACAGUAUCAGAUGAUUCACUAGAUGCUCAUGUCUUUCGUAACUAUGUCUUGCCAUGGAAUGUAGAGUCAAUUUAUCAUGGCAGUCACACAGCUGCACUAUGGGAAGUUGUAAGAUGCUCAAGUGCUGCUCCAACUUAUUUUGGAGAUUUUAUACUCAAUAAUCAGGUUCAUCAGGAUGGUGGGGUGCUUUAUAAUAACCCGUCCUGUGUAGCUAUACAUGAAGCCAAGCUUCUCUGGCCGAAUCAGAAACUCUGUCUAGUCUCAUUAGGAACAGGUCGGUCACCAAACAAAAGGAAAAUGGAUAGUCAAAAGCUUUAUACACAAAAGCAAAUGCAGAGUCUGUUUAAGGACACUGCAAUACAGACUAGCAGCUGGAAAACUAAGUUUUUGAGGAUUUUGGAUGCAGCUACAGAUACGGAGCAGACACAUCACAUACUCAGUGACCUAAUGGAGCCCGGAACCUACUUCCGAUUCAACCCGUAUCUCACCAAUAUGGUCUCAAUGACCGAAUGCAAUAAGGAUAAAUUAGCUCAGCUGGAGAAGGAUGCUUUGAUGUAUUACAGAAGGAAUGAGCAAAAGUUUGAGGAACUUGCUGAAAUGCUGUUGAAACCAAGGACUGGAUUGACGGCUAUUAAUGAUUUUUUGUUCAACUAAAUUGGCUAUUAAGAUAGGAUUUAAUUAGGUUUACGCUCGAGGACGUUGUAUGAUUGUCUUGCUAGGCUGAAUGGCACAAGUUGGUUAAUCGAUCAGAAAUCUAGCAACAAGCCGGUGUGACUAUGGCAUGGAGCUGGAUUUGAAUCGAAGUUUGGUGCCAGUUUUCUACUCGAUUAACCGACUUGUGCUUUUCUGGCAGAUUUGUCACUUAGUAUUCUGUUUGUCUAUUGAUGUUGACCUUAAUAGUUUAUUGGUGCAAAAUUAAUAAUCAAGGCUUGAUUGAUCAGUUCUAUAUUCUCGAAAGAAGUACAACAUGAAUCCUAGCUAGACUUAUUUAGGUUUUAAACCUUAAAAAUCGAGCUAAUCCCUUCGUUCAAGUCCUAUUUGAGAUAAUUAAAAGAAAAUUUUGUAGAUUGUUGCUAACAUGGAUGUGUAGGGUAUGCUUAAAGCAAAAAAAAACACUUCAAAAUUCUUCAUUAUUAAGUUUUUAAAACUUUGAUGCAUUUUUCAAAAAUUAUAUGCAAAAUUUAAGAAUCAAGUAGCUUUAUAGAGUCGUAAAUUUUAUUAUGUUUUAUGUCACAAGUUUCGAAUUUCCACUGUUAUAAAAAUAGUCACUCAA